UUUCCAAAUCUCCUUUUCCUUCACUUCAUUUCACUCUCCAUUCUCAUCACAUCAAUUUUUUAAUCAGCAACUCCUUUUCACUCUCUCUAGAACUACAACUAAGCCUUGUUUGGAUAUCACUAGAAAAAUCAUUCAAAUGCAGUGAGAAAUGGCUUUUCACGACCAGAAUUUCAUACAAUUGGAACCGGAGAGGAGAGAGAAAAGCAUGGAUCGGAAUCGGAGCGAGAACAAUUGCGAAACGGAAGAGUUAAGAGAAAACAAAGCGGAGAUAUUAGGUCAUCCACUUUACGGUCAGUUGUUAUCGGCACAUGUUUCGUGUCUCCGAAUUGCAACUCCGGUGGACCAGCUUCCGAGAAUCGAUGCUCAGCCUCAACAAUCACAGCGCGUUCUUCACAAAUACUCUUCUAUUGGAAUCGGAAACAUGGAUCACAAAGAGCUUGAUCACUUUAUGGUCAUAUUUUACAUUUGGUCCUUUGUUAAUUUGUUGAAGACGCAUUAUGUUAGUUUGCUGUGCGCAUUUAAAGAACAGCUGCAACAUGUUCAUGUUCAUGCCAUGGAGGCAAUGAUGCCUUGCUGGGAUCUUCAGCAAUCUCUGCAAAGCUUGACAGGUGUAUCUUCGGGUGAGGGAACGGGAGCAACAAUGUCAGCCGAUGAAGAGGAGCAGACAGAAAGCAAUGCCAAGUUGUACAACGAAGGAAGCAGCCUUGAUGGCAUUGAUACUCUUGACUUUGGUCCUCUUGUCCUCACUGAGACUGAAAGGUCUUUGAUGGAGCGAAUUAAGCUUGAACGCAAGCAUCAGCUAGAACAGGGUUACAAGGAGAAAAUUGUUGAUGUAAGAGAAGAAAUUGUAGGACUGAGAAGAACUGGGAAGGUCCCUGGACACAUCACGUCACUUCUGAAAGCUUGGUGGCAAUCACAUUCUAAAUGGCCCUAUCCUACUGAGGAAGACAAAGCUAGACUGGUGCAAGAAACAGGCUUGCAAUUAAAACAGAUAAACAAUUGGUUCAUCAAUCAAAGGAAAAGGAAUGCUAGUAACUCCGAAACCGACUAUGAUAGGCACAUGCUGUAUGUUACGAGUCUCAAUCCGUGGUCGUGGACAAAAUCAGCAAGAUUUCAAGAAAUGACAAAAAUGAAAAAUCUUGAAAUCUGUAUACAUUUUCACUCACACGACUCUUUUUAUACAGAUUUCAAGAUUUUUCAUUUUUGUCAUUUCUUUUUCAUUCUCAUAUGUGUUCUCUUUCAUUUUCUAAAAUGUGUAUCAUUUGUUUAAAAUUUUAUAUGCAAAUUUAGGAGUUCAUAUGUUUUUUCUUUUAUUUUUC